UCCGCUGUGCACUAUUUUUCCUCCCCAUCACCGCCACACAUAUGAGAAAUCGCUGGUGCUGGUGCUGGUAGUGGGUGGGGGGGGGCGCUGCCUAUUGAUCUCUAAACAUCUGGAACACCUUCAUAUUUGUUUUACAAGGCAGAGGGACGGAGCACUUGACACCUUCGCUUCUCGAUACAGCAGCUCUGCGGAAGGCCAUCCAUGGCAUCUUGAUAUUAAAAACCGUGGGCUUUGCGCAUUCCUCCCCGACAUCUUUCCUGCUUCUUCUUCUCCUGCGGAAAGGAUUAACUUGGCCACAUAAAAGCGACGAGGAGAGGGAAGGAAGGGAAGGGAAAUCUUGACAGUAAUUCAGCCUUAUUCUGUGUGUGUAACGGGGGGGAUUCGUCCAUCAUUGGACCCACCGCAAUGGACUCCAGCCAGUGUGGCACGGCUCGGCUCGGAUUGUUUUUGGUUCUGAUUUUUUUGGGUCUGUGCAGGAGAUUUAGCGAUGCCUGCCCCGCAUCCUGCACCUGCACCAUCACACGGAUUGUUUGUAUUGAUCCUGAGCCGGGGAUCGAGGAUUUCCCUGUCCUCACGUUGGAUGACAUGGAAAACAUCACGGAGAUAUACAUAACGAAUCAGAACAGGCUGUUUGAGAUCACAGACAACAGUCUGCGGCACUACAUACACCUCAGAAACCUAACAGUGAUGGGGACCAGAUUGACGUCCAUAUCAUCAGAUGCAUUUUACAACAACACAAGACUUGAAUAUGUAAAUCUCAGAGACAAUAACCUGUCGACAUUGUCAUGGAGAACAUUUCAGAACUUUAACAUAUCAGUACCCAUCCUGCUGUCCGGUAACCCUCUGGAUUGUGUUUGUGAGAACUUGUGGAUCAAGAUGAGGAUCCUGGAGGACAGCGAGGGUCCGGAUCCGGAGUGCAUGGACGAGCGAGGAGUCACGCAGGAGUUCGCCACUCUCACUCCUCCAGACUGUGUGGUUCCUUUAGUAGAGGUCAACCCAAAGUCAGUGACGGAGAUGCAGGGGAGCAACGUGCGGGCGGUGUGCAGCGCCUCGGGUUCUCCAGCUCCGGAGAUCACGUGGAACCUCGACUUGUUCUCUACACACCACGAGAUUGAUCCCUCGGAUACGAAGAGUAUCCUCACCUUGACUGAUUUGUCUCCUGAUGAUCACGGGAAGCUGAUCAUCUGCAGCGCUGAGAACAUGGUCGGUCAGGGAGAGGCCACGCUGCUGCUCAACAUCCUCUUCGCCCCCACCAUCGUGCAGCUGCUGGUGCCGGAGCGGGACCACCACUGGUGCAUCCCCUUCAGCGUGACCGGGAACCCAAAGCCCGACCUGCAGUGGUACCACGACAACGUGGCGCUGCAGGAGCAGGACCACAUCCGCACCAUGAUCCACCUGGAGACGGAGAGCGAGUUCCACGGCUGCCUGCAGCUGGUCGACCCCACGCACAUCCACAACGGCAUGUACCGCCUGGUGGCCAAGAACAAGUACGGUCGCGACGAGAAGAAGAUCUUGGCCUCGUUCAUCGAACCGCCAGACUUCGGCCCGGCAGAGGAUAUCGCAGAUGAUAUCGACAUGACUGACCCUCAGCUUCCCCCGCUGGACGACAGUGUUGCAGUUUAUGUAGUGGUGGGAAUCGCAGGAGUUGCUUUGACUGGCUGCGUUCUGAUGGUGAUCAUUCUGAAAUAUGGAAGAAACUCCAAGUUUGGCAUCAAAGGCUCCUCCUCGGUCAUCAGUAACGACGAUGACUCCGCCAGCCCUCUUCAUCACGUAUCCAACGGCAACAACACCCCUUCGUCCUCGGAGAUGGGUCCGGACGCCGUGAUCAUCGGCAUGACAAAGAUUCCCGUCAUCGAGAAUCCGCAAUACUUCCGCAACUCGGGCAGCAUGCUGAAAUCUGACACCUUUGUGCAGCACAUCAAGAGACACAACAUUGUUCUGAAGCGGGAGCUCGGAGAGGGAGCGUUCGGGAAGGUGUUCCUCGCCGAGUGUUACAACCUGACCCCAGAUCAGGAGAAAAUCCACGUGGCCGUCAAGACUCUGAAAGAGGCCAAUGAGAGCGGCCGGGCAGAUUUCUACCGAGAGGCGGAGCUUCUCACCAACCUGCAGCACGAACACAUCGUCACUUUCUACGGAGUGUGUGUGGAGAGCGACCCGCUCAUCAUGGUGUUCGAGUACAUGAAGCACGGAGACCUCAACAAGUUCCUCAGGUCUCACGGGCCUGACGCGGUGCUGAUGGCCGACGGGCAGCACAGCAUCAUGGUGGAGCUCACUCAGUCCCAGAUGCUGCACAUCGCUCAGCAGAUUGCAGCCGGCAUGGUGUACCUGGCCUCGCAACACUUCGUCCACAGAGACCUGGCAACAAGGAACUGCCUGGUGGGAGAAAACCUGCUGGUGAAGAUCGGAGACUUCGGCAUGUCCAGAGACGUCUACAGCACAGACUAUUACAGAUUUCAGGUCGGAGGUCACACGAUGCUUCCUAUUCGCUGGAUGCCUCCUGAGAGCAUCAUGUACCGACGCUUCACCACAGAGAGCGACGUCUGGAGCCUUGGAGUCGUGCUCUGGGAGAUUUUCACCUACGGGAAGCAGCCCUGGUACCAGCUGUCCAACAACGAGGUGAUCGAGUGCAUCACGCAGGGCCGUGUUCUGCAGCGGCCUCGCACCUGUCCUAAAGAAGUGUACGACCUGAUGCUGGGCUGCUGGCAGAGGGAGCCGUACAUGAGGCUGAACAUCAAGGAGAUCCACGCCAUGCUGCAGAGCCUCGCUAAAGCAUCGCCCGUCUACCUGGACAUCCUGGGCUGAGGCUGCUGCUGCUGCUGUACGUACGUGUGUGUGUGUGUGUGUGUGUGUGUGUGUGUGUG